GAAUCAGCUGUUAGCUUAGUACAUAACCUCAGCCGGCAGUCGUGUGUUUUCUUUGCUCGGAAAAUGUCUCUGAAGUGUGUUUUUCCUCAGAUUAUCAACAAUUUCUUGAGAAGAACCAGCCAUGGAGCUUCUGUUUGUCACUAUCACACGACGAAUUGUGUGAGAAAAGCGGAGGAUCGAAGGGAAAUGCUGGCUUCCAUGCCCAAAAAAGACGAAGGCACAAUGGGUGAAAGUGUUGUUGAUAUCGACUCUAUGAUAUCUAAGAGCUCGAGGAACAAAAUGUUCCCGGACGCAGACACCGCCAAUCAGCUGUUCAAUGGAGUUCCAUUCAAGGAGCUGCCGAUUUGUAACAUCAGAGUGUCCAAGAAUAACACAAUCAUCACGAUGACUGACCACAAAGGUGCCGUGAAGAUGAUCAGAUCGUGUGGAAUUGAAGGAUUCAAGAAUACCAGGAAAGGAACCAACAUUGCAGCUCAAGCGACUGCCAUCAGCAUCAGUGGGAAAGCCCAGGACUUUGGCAUAAAGACCGUUCGGGUAUUCGUACAAGGAUUGGGACCAGGAAGAAUGUCGGCGAUAAAAGGACUGCAAAUGGGAGGAAUGGAAAUCGUUUCAGUCACGGAUGGCACUAAAGUUUCCUGGUGUCCUCCGAGGCCACGAAAGCAGAGAACAUUGUAGAGAUAUUAAGACAGUUUUGCUCUGAAUAGAGGAAAUUAUCUAGUAAA